UUGUCCUUGAUUCAAUUGUUGAUUGUUUCUCAUUUAAUUAUCUUUGGGAAUUAAUUGUUGUUCUUUAAAUUUGAUUUUAUCUCUUUAGAAUUGUGAUUAAGUAUUCAACUAGUAUCCUUUUACCUUAAUUUGAUUGGUUUUUUUGUUUCAUUUAUUUUUGUAUUUUUCUCUUGUCAUCAAAAUGUCAUCUGAUAUUAGCUCUUUGAAGCUUGACUCGGUUCUUCAGCAUUUACCUGACGACAUUGAAAAGGGAGGCGUAAUAUCAGCAACCUCUGUAAUUCAAUAUAAAGCUGCUGAGGUGCGUAAUGCUCGAGUUAAUUGGCAUUUCUAUCGAUCUGGUGAAUUUAUUUCCCAACAAGAAUUCGACUGGAUUGUUAAGUAUGAAAGCCUGGAAACACCCGAAGCCAGAGAUGAAUUUUUCAAGAAAGAUUCAUUGCUUUGUGCUGAAGUUUUUCUUAGUCUUCUGAAAUUAUCAAAAAACCAGGCCACCCAAUAUAUUCUUAUUCUAAUUGAUGACAUGUUGAAUGAAGAUAAGUCGAGAGUGGAAAUAUUCAAGGAAUAUUGUAGAAAAAAAGGUGGUGCCAAGAAGGGAAGAACAAUCUGGAGUCACAUGGAACAUCAAUUGAACAAAACUGAUGGUCUUAUCCAAAACAUGGCCUCUAGAAUAAUUACCAAAAUUGCUUGUUGGUCAAAAGAGUUCAUGGGAGAAGCUGAUCUCCAAUUCUAUAUUUGCUGGUUGUUGGAUCAAUUAAAGGUUCCAAACAAUGAGUAUCUCGGAUCAAUUGCUCGAUGUCUUCAGAUGAUGCUUCGAAUUGAAGAAUAUCGUAAAAUAUUCAUAUCCGGAGGAAUUCCAACAAUUGUUUCCGUUUUAUCCAAUGGAGUUAAUUUCCAGAUACAAUAUCAACUUACUUUCUGCCUGUGGCUGCUUUCAUUCAAUGUGUCGACCUCAGAGGUCAUGUCGAAACAUAAUCUGAUUCCAGCUCUUGCUGACAUUCUCAAUGAAUCGGUCAAGGAGAAGGUGACCCGAAUCAUUUUAGCCUCUUUCCGUAAUCUUAUUGAGAAACCUGAAGAUCCUGAAGUAUCUCGAGACAAUGCGAUUACUAUGGUUCAGGGAAAAGUUUUAAAACAAUUGGAUAUUCUUAAACAGGCUGGUAAUAAAUACGAAGAUCCUGAUUUAUUGGAAGAUAUUGAAUUUCUUUAUGAGAAAUUACAAUCAUAUGUUCAUGAUUUAUCCUCUUUCGAUGAAUAUUGUAACGAGAUUAAAUCAGGUCGAUUGGAAUGGUCACCAGUUCAUUCAAAUGAAAAAUUCUGGCGUGAGAAUGCCCACCGGUUGAAUGAGAAAAACUAUGAACUUCUUAAAAUAUUGAUCAAAAUUUUGGAAACUUCAAAAGAUCCUCUCGUCUUAAGUGUGGCCAUUCAUGAUAUCGGUGAAUACAUUCGUUAUUAUCCUCGAGGUAAAACAGUAAUUGAAAACCUCAACGGUAAAUAUCUGAUCAUGCAAUUGAUGGACGACGCUGAUCCAAAUGUCAAGUACGAAGCUCUACUUUGUGUCCAAAAACUGGUCGUUCACAAUUGGGAAUAUUUAGGAAAACAAUUGGAAAAAGAGAAAGACGGACAAGUUGGCGGAAAGAAACCGAUCUCAGUGAUGGGAUGAGGAUAACAACAAAGAUUCUCUUCCAUUUUGAAACCAACAACAACAACAACAACAACAACAUAAGCGAUGAUAAGAUUAAAACACUCGAGAUGGAAAAAUAAAAACAUAAGCAUAAUUCAUCACAAUUGAAAAAUCAAUUUUUACCAAAUCAACAUUCCCGAACCCGAAAAUCAUUAUUAAUCCAGAUUAAGUGAACAACAAAAAGAAAACGAAGAUAUUUCAACAGUUUGUCUUCUCUCUCUUUUUUUAUGUGCUGAUGUGUUUUUUUCGCUCAGUUCUCACCUGAAGGUUACAAGGUACAUGCGAAGUUCUUGUAGGUCAAUUAAUCGUAUAUUCUAGUUGGAACUGUGAAUAAUUCAAGAAUUUUCAUAUUCUAUUUCUUUUUGGUUUUGGUUUCUUCCUCUGUUCUUUAUUUUCCUCGUACAGUAAUUAGAGAGAGAGAGAUUACUACAUCAUUUUCUGUUAUUUGUUUGUUUUCUUGUUUGAAAACAGAAAAAGUCAACAUACAGUGUAAAUUAAUCAACUUCACCAUUGAGUGUAAUCUCCAGAUGAUUUGUUGCCAGAAAGAAAUGAAGAAACAAAAAGAAAACCAAUCGCAAUAUAUGAAGAAACCAAGAAAUGA